AUGGCAGUUUUGGGUAUUAAUAGCUCUCCUGCCGUCGUAAACCGAAGAAAGCUGGAGUGGCUUGUCCCACUCUUGGAAGGAUGCCUUUGCUUCAAGGUGGUUGCCUGUGUCCUGUCAAUGUCCAUCCACAAUAAUGAGACAGUGGAUGCCAUUUGUAAUGUUGUCUUGUGUGUCAAUUGGUGUGCUGUCGUGCUUUACGUGAGCUACCAAAUCGCACAUUGGCAGUACUGCCAAUGGUUUGUUCAGCAUCAGUGCUGGUACAAGAAGAAUGGGGACGAUACUACCUUCGGCAUGACUACUAGUAGUAGUAGUAGACCUGUUCAAGGCAUGUCUCUGCCACUAUUGGAGUGGAUGGACCGGGCCAAUCGAAUGGGAAAAUUGAUCAUUCAAAGGAUCAGGAAUGUCGGGCGAUGGCAUGCCAGCGAUCAUGACAACAACAACAACAAUACACGAAACACGUCGACUACUAGUGAAUCUGAAGCAACCGCUCUAAUGUCGGACAACAGUGUUCAUCCGGUAGCAGGAGACAGAACAAGGGCUUCCAUUGACUGGAUCUGGAAGCAACCAUCAUGGAUACAAAGGAUUCUAUCGUUUGACACAACACCAGCAACAACAUCAACAGAAACUAAUACGGUGGAAAUGCAACCGCUCCUUCUCUCUGAUCCGAAUCCUAUUCACAUGGAACGGUUGGAAGACCCGUUGCUACUAGUAGUCGACAAGGCUGAUCUAGACAGAGACAAGAAUGUGUAA